UUGGAACCACUUUUAGAAACUGAUUCUGCUGUUCCAAGGAGCACUUUGAAGCAGAAUCAGUUUUGAAGGUGUUUGGAUCUGCUUUUAAAAGUGAUUUUAAAAUGGCUCAAAAAUCAGAUUUUUAGAAUCUGGGUAGUAGCAGCUUCUCCAGUGAUUCUGAUUCUUUUAAUUUUUAGAAUCCGGAAACCCUCCCUAAAAAAACGACGCACACCUGCGUCGGGCAAGAACUAGGGCAAGGACAGGCCAGAGCUCUUCCCACCUGCGCUGCCCAAGAGCUUCUUCUCCGCCGAUUCUGCUGAUCUUCUCUUCUCCAUUCCACAGCCCAGGUAUGGCAUCUCACAAAGUUAGUACUUUUGAUGACGAAGGGAAACAAAAAAAUGAUUCCAAAAAAUUUCAUUGGGACCAUGCAACCCAUAUGACCUUCAUUGAUGUAUGUCUUGUUGAAGUGCGAAAUGGUAAUAGGCCCGGUAGCCAUUUUAAUAGGUUGGGCUGGAAAAACUUGAUUGAUAACAUGAAAAAACAUACAAAUAUAACAUUUAACAAAAUGCAACUUAAGAAUCAUUGGGAUAAGAUGAAGAAAGAAUGGAAAGCUUAUGAUAAGCUAAUGAGGAAAGAAUCUGGCCUUGGAUGGGAUCCGGUUACGAAGAGCAUUGAUGCUACACCAGAUUGGUGGGCACCAGUAAUACAGAGAUGAGGAAAGAAGGGUUGCUUCCACACAAAAGGGUCGAGGCAAAUCAAUUAGGUGGCAUGACAUCAAGGUUUGAUAAAAUCAGAAAUGUAUGGGCAAGGUUUUUUGUAGAUGAAGAUAUGAAUAUGUAGGAUUUUUAGACAUUUGAAGAUUUUAAUGUAAUUUCUUUUAAUUGUAAUGGAAUAUUUGAACUUUUAUGGAGUUGAUUGCUAAAUGAAACAAUUUGUACGUUUAAUAUGGAGUUUACGAAUGAA